AUGACGCCGGUUGAUGCUGGAGCCGCCCUGCUGGUCCUGCUAGCGGCGGCUCAAAUCUCAGCCGAUCAGGCUUUAAUGCAUCCCGGUAUUCCGGGCGAGGGCAUACCCGCGGAGGCCGGGGCUCGUUUGACCUGUGACCCGACCCAGUGGGCCUGUGCUGACGGCUCACGAUGCGUGCCCGCCUCCUGGCGCUGUGACACACGACCACACUGUCCAGACGCAUCCGAUGAAAUCGACUGCGUGUGGAACACAACGUGCGGAGCUGGUCAGUUCCGUUGUGUGGGCAGCGGUCUGUGUGUGGCGGCCAGCUGGCGGUGUGACGGCGACCCGGACUGUGGACCUCGCGACUCCUCAGACGAAGAUCCUUAUAUGUGUGAGAAAGACUUCAAGUGUCCAGGAGGCCAAGCUCGCUGUGCCACAGCUGAGCGAGGUCAGUUCUCGUGCGUGGCUGUGGCGCACUUCUGUGAUGGCAUACGACACUGUACUGACGGCUCCGACGAGUGGGAUAUAUGUGAUAACUUCACUGACGCGUCAUGUGCAACCCUGGGCUGUCCCUGUCGCCCUACACAUGAGGGUUACAAGUGUUCCUGUGCGCCAGGGUACGAACACAACGGACGGACGUGUGUCGACAGCGAUGAGUGUUCGUGGGAAGGCACAUGUUCUCAGCGCUGCCGCAACACCGCGGGGUCUUACGAGUGUUCGUGUGUGACGGGCUACGCUCUAAACGCUGAUAACAGUUCUUGUGAUCCUGAUCCAUCAUCAUCACCUCCGUCGCUGAUGAUCGCCAGUCAGUCAGGAGUACUCCGUCAGUCCCUACAAUCUGCUAGCUCCGCCACUCGGCCAGCCCUGGCCGUGAGGGCUUUGGACAUGCUGUAUAGGAACAGGUCGGUGUGUUAUAUCCACAACAACAUGAGCCGCUCUUCCCUGGUGUGUGUGGAUGCUGAGGACUUCUCGAAGGUCACAGUGCUGCCUCAACCGCAAUUAUUUCCCGACCUGGACUCCGUAUCCCACCUAUGUAUCGACUGGUUAUCCCUCAACUGGUACGUGUCGGACGAGGCCCGCGAGGCCCUGUACGUGUGUGAGCCGGGCCUGCGCUACUGCCGAGUGCUACGGGACUCCGGCCUGUCCAAACUACGAGGCCUGGCCAUUGACCCCGCCGCAGGUCUAAUGUUCUGGAGCGUGUGGGGGGCGGCGGCGCCGGGCGUGAUGUCAGCCUCCCUGUCAGCGGGGGGCGCACGCUCCUUAGCCGACACCCGGCUGGUGUACCCCGCGGCCCUUACCGCUGACCUGGCGGCCCGACAUCUGUACUGGGCGGAUGCUUACCUCGACUGUGUACAGAGAAUUAACUAUGACGGCUCACAUAGGAUCACCGUGAGGAAGGGAUAUGUGAGUCAGAAGCUGCAAGGCAUGUCAGUACUGGGUAGUCGUCUCUACCUGCCUGUGUGGAGUAACAGUUCGGUGGCUGUUGUGUCCCUCGCGAGGGUACACCGACAUUCUUCAUACAUGCAACUACCUUCCAGACCUACCGCCGUACUUGUAUAUCAUCCACAGAGACAACCACCUCUAUCUCAUCCAUGCUCCAAUAACCGUGGCGGCUGUUCCCACAUCUGCAUCACCUCGUACCGCGCGGACGGAACACCUCACGCCCUGUGUGUGUGUGCACAUGGAUACAGGCUCACGGGACACGGCGACUGCGAACGCGUAGAGGUGGAGAGUUACCUGGUCGUAUCUCGCGGGUCGCCGCCCCAGGUGAGUGGCAUCCCGCUUGUAGGCGAGGGCGCGCGACCGGGGACGGGGGCGAAGCCCGACGUGCAAGAUUGGGAGCCGUUCGUGCCCGCCACACACGCCGCGCGACCCACCGCCGCUGACGUUGACUUGGCGGAACAAAAACUGUACUACUGUGAUGUACACAGAUACGAGAUCGUCCGUCAGAACCUGGACGGCUCGGGGCGGGAGGUGUUCGUGGGAGACGACGUUGACAACUGUGAGGGACUCGCGAUAGACUGGAUGGGAGGCAACUUGUACUGGACGGACGACGCUCUCGGUCAGUUGAAUGUGGCCAGGAUGUCGGGCGAGGCGCGAGGAGCGCGGCUGGUGCUCAUGAGGGAGGUGGCCGCUCACCCGCGGGCCAUCACACUCGACCCUGCUAAUGGCGUGAUGUACUGGUCGGAGUGGUGGAGCGCGGGUCCCUCAGGAGGGCGCAUCCUCUCGGGCUCCAUGGACGGCUCGGGGCGCCGCCCCCUCAUCACGGACGACCUCCGCUGGCCGGCGGGACUCGUGCUGGACUACCCACAUAUGACACUAUACUGGUGUGACACGUAUUUGAACAAGUUGGAGCGUGUGCGAGUGACGUCAUCGGGGGAGAAGGCCCCGGGCGCCGUGAGGGAGCUGGUGGCAGCUCACACCGACCGUCUGAACAUACUGAAGCCCUACGGCCUUGCGCUGUAUGAAGACUGGUUAAUAUGGAGCGAGCAUGGCACGGGCCUGGUCCGUCGUCUGCAGGUCCACAACACGUCCCUGGUGCAGACCUUGAGGGCCUUCCCUCCGCCGCUGUACGACAUACGACUGGUCACCGCCGCAGCCAGGACCGGUAAAAACGCGUGUUCUUUCAACAACGGUGGUUGUGCUGAGUUGUGCCUGGCCACUGCGGGAGGGGGGCGGCGGUGUGCGUGCGGGGAGGGGAGGAAGGGUGGGGGGUGCGGGGUCAAUGACACCGGGACCUCGCUCUGUGGACAAGGCAGCUACGACUGUGGACACGGUCGCUGUAUCAAUGCGAGCUUGGUGUGUGAUGGUGACAAGGACUGUCCCAACGGGAGUGAUGAAGACGCCUCCGCCAACGGACCCUGCGCAAACGUGACGUGCGUGGACGAUCAGUUCAUGCGGUGUGACACCAACCGCUGUAUACCGAAGAGUUGGGCGUGCGACGGAGUUAAAGACUGUGCGGACGGUGAAGAUGAGUCGUCGUCGUGGUGUAAGGCAGCGGCGUGCGGCCCAGCACAAUGGGCCUGCGUACACUCGCAUCGCUGCAUCCCGGCCGCCUGGCGCUGUGACGGCUCCGCGGACUGUGGUCCCGGGGACCGCUCCGACGAGACCGACUGUGCAGCCCCGGACUGCGCGACCGGCUCCUUCCGCUGCGGACCCGGCGCCUGCGUGCCCUGGGAGUACGUGUGCGACGGACACGCUGACUGCAAGGACGCGGCUGACGAGCGAGCGUGUCCCGCAACGCCGGCCCCGCCCCUACCUUCUGACACGCCUCCCAAAGGAUACAAUCACCAUCAAAACAACGAGAAGCACGGCCUGUGUGAGGAACAUGAAUUUCAGUGUAACAACAGAGAGUGUAUACGACAGGAAUUCCGUUGUGAUUCGAGAGUCGAUUGUCUCGACGGGUCAGACGAGCAGGGCUGCACGUCGAUACAUAGUACUCCCCCCACUACUACCACCAGAACUACUACUACUACAGAAGUAGUUAAGCAGCAGUGUGCUCUACCGUCCAUGAGGUGUGAUAACAACACACGCUGUGUGCCGCUGCAGCAGCAGUGUGACGGCAGCAUGGACUGUAGCGACGGAGCAGAUGAGGCAGACCGAUGUGGAGAACCCAUGUGUCUGGUGGCCGCUUGUUCCCAUUCGUGUCACCCCACACCCCGUGGACCCGCGUGCUCGUGUCCGCAACCACUAGUGUUGAAGGAAGACGGGUACACGUGCACUCAGCCGCACCCCUGCACAGCCUGGGGGGUGUGCAGUCAGACCUGCAGACCUCACAAAGACCGCUACAAAUGCACCUGCUACAAGGGCUACCGGCUGGCGGACGACGGAUUCACUUGCAAGAGUACAGAGGCGGGGCGCGCGCUGCUGGUGUUCAGCACGAGGCACGAGGUGCGCGGCGUGGAGCUGCCGGCGCUGAGGGCGCGGCCACUGCUGUCCGCGCUGAGGAACACCAUCGCACUGGACUGGCGCCGCGCACCGGACGGCCUGCAGCUGUACUGGACGGACGUGGUGGACGACGCGGUGUACCGCGGGACGCUGGCCGGGGACACCGUGGCCGCCGUGGAGACCGUCGUGAGGAGGGGGCUCACCACGGCUGAGGGGCUCGCGGUGGACUGGGUCGGCGGGAACCUGUACUGGGUCGAGGGCAGUCUGCAUCAGAUAGAGGUGGCGUGCCUGGAUGGAAGGUACCGUCGUACGCUGAUCACGGGAGACAUGGACAGCCCGCGAGCCAUCGCACUGGAUCCCAACGCAGGUUAUAUGUUCUGGAGCGACUGGGAGGCGGCCGCUCCUCGAAUAGAGCGAGCAUCUCUAGCGGGGCGGGACCGGCGGGUGGUGGUGCGGGUGGGCGAGGGAGGGGGCGAGGUCGCGGGGGACGGGGUGAAGGGCGCGCUCCCCAACGGCCUGGCGCUGGACCUGCCCGCCCGCCGUCUGUACUGGGUGGACGCGCGAGCUGACUCACUCCAGUGUGCGGACUACUCGGGCGGUGACCGAAGGCUUGUGUUAAAGGGUCACCCGUCGCUGGCUCACCCGUUCGCGGUGACUGUGUUCGAGUCUCACGUGUACUGGACUGAUUGGAGGUCCAACAGUGUGGUCCGUGCUAACAAGUGGAAUGGAAGCGACGUGGUGGUUGUGCAGAGGACGCUCACACAACCCUUCGAUGUUAAGGUGAUCCACCCCAGUCGCCAGCCACUUAGUGACCACAACCCGUGCGCCAACAACGGGAACUGUUCCCACUUGUGUCUCAUUGACUCAGACACCGAGCGCGUGUGCGCGUGUCCGCACCUCAUGAGACUCACACACGAUAAUAGAACCUGUGAAGUGUUCGAGGUGGUGGUGGUGGUGUCCCAGAGCGGCGUGGUGCGUGGCGUGUGGGCCGCGGACGGCGGGCCCGCGCUCGCGUCUCUGGCCGGGCCGCAGUUGGCCUCCCCUGCCUCGCUCGCUCCACUCACGCUGGACUAUGAGAUAUACUGGGCCGAUACUGAGACGAACGAGAUCAAGUCAGCGGACGUCCGUUCAGGUCGCGUACGUACAGUAUGCGACGCGGGUGUGCGAGCUCCUCGCGCGCUAGCCCUGGACUGGGCGGCUCGCGUGCUGUACGUGCCGCUGAGAGGCGGACUGGCGGCCGUCGGGCUGCAGGGGGAAUAUACCACCGUGCUUAUAGAGAACGUGGAACCCACUGCUAUGGCCGUACAUCCACUUCGAGGCGAGUUGUUCUGGGCGAGCGGUGACGUCACCGCCGGUGGUGGGGGUGAGCGUGUAGAGCGCGCUCGUGGGGACGGCUCGCAGCGGCGCGUGCUGCUGAAGGCUGAAACAGACACACAUCUAGGAGGAGUCAUCGGUAUGUCCGUGGAUAUCAAAUCAAACCGUCUGUACUGGGUGAACCAGAACUCGGCGACCAUACAAUACAUGGACCUCGACACGGAGCGAGUCACCACGUUAUCCCUACCCUUGGGGUCCCGUCCUCGCGCGCUAGAUGUGUACGACAACCACAUGGUGUGGGCGGACGAGGCUACCGGCACCCUUCAGACUUGUCCGCCAGACCACUGCACACAAGCAGACGUCAUGAGGAACAACACCGAGGGUGUUCUCUCGCUGACCGUGUUCGACGCGGCUCGUCAGCAGGGCGCCAACCGCAGCGCCUGUGCCUUGAGAAAGAAGCCGUGCAGCCAGCUCUGCCUUUCACUGUCCGCUACUGAGUCCACCUGCCGCUGUGCCACGGGAUAUUCUGUCAACGACACGGACUGUAUACCUUUAGACGACGUGUUAGUGUACUCGUUGAGCUGGGAGCUCCGUGGUGUGUCUCUGCAGCAGUCCCCGCAGGACGCGCUGCCUCCAGUGCCGCAGGUCGCAUGCGCUGCUGUCAUCGACUAUGAUGCUGAUGGUGAAUGGAUCUACUGGGCGGACCCGGAGGGCGGGGCGGCGUGGCGUGCGGGGCGCGCGGGCGGUGGUCGUGAGCGUGUGUUGCUGCAGGCCUCCGCCGCGGGUGCUGCGGACUCCCUCUCGGCCCUCGCCCUCGACCCUCUCUCCAAGCAGCUGUACGCGGCCGACGCGGCCAGGGCCCUGCUCCUGCUGGCUCGAGCUGACGGCAGCCAUCGCUACGUCCUCAGAGACACCAGCCCGCUUGUUGUCACUACGUUGGUGUUGGACCCGUGGGCCGGCUGGAUGUUCCUGGGAGGCGGAGGCUGGAUCGAGCGUGCUCGUCUGGACGCGUCCUCCCCCUCCCUCCUAUACAACGGGACCGCGCUCACAGACAUAGCUCUGGACGUGCGGGACCAGCUGUUAUACUGGACGGACACAUGGGACGUAUCCUUGUGGUGUAUGAGGUACGACGGCGGGGCUCGGCGGAAGGUACACUCGGGAGCGCCUCUACAGCAUCCCGUGGCGGCCGUGGUGCACGCGGGAAAACUGUACUGGCUCGACACGGCGCUGGAGCACGGCAGCGUGGCUGUGGCGCCCCUCACCAAUCUCAGCGACUACCGCUUACUGGCCGACCAUCAAGGGGACAGCCUUAAAGACCUCAUGAUCUGGUCGAAGUCUUCCCGGUCGCAGCUGGAGGUGCGCAAUCCGUGCGCCAACAACUACUUCGGCUGCGAGGCUCUGUGUCUGUGGGACGGACACACGGCCCGCUGCGCCUGUCCUCACGGAGACCUGGCACCCAACGGGAAGAACUGCACACCAUACACGUCUUUCCUGAUGUACUCCCGGGUCACCAUGAUAGACACCAUCCACUUAGCCAGCGACAAGGAACUCAAUUCGCCCUACCCGCCCAUAGAUAAUAAGCGAGUAUUUUAUGAUAUAUAA